UUGAUAAAUAGAAAAAACAAGAUGGCAACGGCUGCAGCAUUAGGUGUAAACAAAGUAUUCAUUUUGGAUAGAUAUUUUGCCGAGCUAAAUAAAUAUUGGCAAAAUGAAUGUCUUCAUCAACAAGACAAGCCGAAAUCCAAUUAUAAUUACAAUCCAUAUCAGCAGCAGCAGCAACAACAACAACAGCAGCAGCCAUACAAAUCGAAUGUGAAUGUAGGUGAUCGAAAAUUAAUCAUCAAUAAUCAUCACCAUUAUCAUCAAUCUUCGACGGAUAAUAUCAACGAUCUAAUACAUUUAGAAGCACCGAUUACUGAGGAUUCAUUAAUUCGAUCACUGCAUACACGAUUCUUAUCGAAUGAAUAUUUUACCAAUAUUGGACCUGUAUUGAUUGCAUUGAAUCCGUAUCGAGAGCUAAAUAAUCCACUUACAUUGGAUAGUGCACAUCGUAAUGAUAAUUGUUAUGCCUUAUAUCGUAUUGUUCAUGAAGCUGUACGACAACAAACCGAAACUGGCUAUCCACAGGUGAUUAUUCUUAGUGGCAUAAGUGGAUCGGGUAAAACAUAUGCAUCGAUGACUAUUUUGCGUCAACUAUUUAAUCUUGUUGGUGGUGGACCAGAAACGGAUGCAUUUAAACAUCUAGCAGCUGCAUUCACCGUAUUACGUAGUCUUGGUUCAGCAUGUACCGGAGAGAAUACGGAAUCUAGUCGUAUUGGAAACUUUAUCGAAGUACAAAUUACUGAUGGUGCUAUUUAUCGUACAAAAAUUCAUUGCUAUUUUUUGGAUCAAUCCCGUGUGGUUAAAACGAUUGUAAACGGUGGUGCAGAACGUAAUUAUCAUAUUUUCUAUCAAAUGCUUCUUGGUUUAUCAUUGAAUGAAAAAACUAAACUCUAUUUGGAUGGUUAUAAUGUCGAUGAUUUUCGUUAUCUCAACAAUGAUGAUAAUAGUGACCAUCAUAACCAUCACAAUGGAUUAAAUUCACAAUCGAUUCAGAAUCAUGUGAAUCGUUUUGAAGCAUGGAAAUCUUGCCUAUCGGUUUUGGGUAUUCCAUUCAUGGAUGUAGCACGUGUUCUGGCUGCCAUUCUAUUACUUGGUAAUAUUCAAUUCGAUAAUGGUGGUGGUGGUGUUGGUCAAAUGAUUGUAGAUCAACAAACCGAUGGUCUUUCAUUCAAUAAAAAAGAACUACAUGCUGUAGCAUCACUUUUGGGUGUUUCCACCGCUCAGCUUCACAAAGGGCUGGCACAACGAACAUAUUGUUCACGAGAUAAAGGCCAGAUUCUUGUCAGCACAAGAAAUGCUGAAAGUUUUUAUGUGACAAGAGAUUCAUUAGCAAAAGCUCUUUACACACGAACUGUUGCCACAAUCAUCCGACGAGCAAAUUCAUCAAAACGUUUAACAUCAACAUGUGGUACAGCAAGUUCAGAAUCGAAUGAUUCUACUCAUAAUAAUAAUCAUCAUCAUCAGCAACAUCUAGAAACGGCUAGUAGUCAUCAUGCAGCAUCAAGUAUUGGAUCAGCAUGUGGUAAAUCCUAUAAAUCAAUGGCCAUUCUACAAAAUGCCAUACGAUAUUCAUCGAUGGAAGGAUUUAUCGGUAUAUUGGACAUGUUUGGAUUCGAAGAUGCUAGACCAAGUCGACUGGAACAAUUAUGUAUCAAUCUUUGUGCUGAAACAAUGCAACAUUUCUAUAAUACUCAUAUAUUCAAAUCAAGUAUUGAAUCCUGUCGUGAUGAAGGUAUUAAACCUGAUCUAGAGAUUGAUUAUGUUGAUAAUGUUCCAUGUAUUGAUCUGAUUUCAUCGUUGCGAACCGGUCUGUUUAGUUUGAUUGAUUAUGAAUCAAUCAAUAAUGGAACUGCUGAAUCGAUUGUUGCUAAACAAUCAUCAUUACAUGGAUCAAAUAGCCGUUACUUGGAAAUGACAAAUUUGUAUGAAAAUGAUCCAACAUUACGAUUACGUUCAUUUGGUAUACGACAUUUUUGUGGUAAUGUUAUCUAUGAUACAAGUGAUUUUAUUGAAUCAAAUUCCGAUCGAUUACCCGAUGAUGUGGUUGCCAUAUUUCACAAAUCACAAUGUUCAUUUGGUUUUGCUUCACAUUUAUUUGGCGCUGAACUUCGUUGUCUGAAGAAUCGUGGUACACAACCACUUGGUAUUCAUUUUCGAAUUUCGCCCAUUCAUACACCAUCAAUGAUGACGCCGCAAUCGGAUACGAAUUCAAUCGAACCAACAACAACAUUUACACAGGAUUUUCAUAAUCGUUUAGAUAAUCUACUACGAAUAUUGGUUCAUGCACGACCACAUUUUAUUCGUUGUAUCAAAAUCAAUGACUGUGAACAAUGUGAUCAUUUUGAUCGUUUUACCAUUAUGAGACAGAUUCGUGCCCUACAAGUACUUGAAACAGUGAAUCUAAUGGCCGAAGGUCUACCACAUCGUAUGCGAUUCAAAGCAUUCAUUAGCCGUUAUCGUUUGCUCGUACAUUCCAGUUAUGUACGACAAAAAGAGGAUACAAUGCUCGAUGAUUGUCGUGUGAUACUCGAUCAUUUUGAUCAGAUACAUCGUUUGAAUUCUAGCAAUACAAAUCGUGCAACAGCAGCUUUGACAUCAUGGACAUUAGGUCGUAAACAUGUAUUCCUUAGUGAAUCUGCACGACAACAAUUGGAAAUUGCACGUAAUGGUCGUCGAAAUGCAGCCGCUACAACCAUUCAAGCUUUAUGGCACGGUCAUCGAUUACGUCGACAAUGGCCAUAUAUUAAACAAGUACAAAUGCAGCAGCAACAACAACAACAACAACGUCGUUGUUAUCAAAAACCAUUGGAUCAUCAUCAUCAAGCCAAUCAUAAAGUUUCACGUCCACCAAGACCACAACCAAUAUCGUUUAGUACACCGCCACUAUCAUUAACAUCGGAACCACAAACAUUAAACUUAACGGGUUCUAAUCAUAUCAAAUCGAUGAAUAUGUAUGAUUUUAAUCUGAUUAAACAAACUUGCCUAUUGCUUGGUAUUGAUCCGGACACACCACCACCAGUGCCAUCAAGUCGAUUAUAUACGGUGAUGAAUAAUCAGAAAUUUUCUUUUCCACAAACUCGAUCACUUCGUAUGGAUUUCAUCGAUCCAAUGAAUCAUUUGAAAAUUUCAAAAGGUCAAAAAGUAAUUGUUCUUGGAUUUUCGCCAUAUAAACGUGGAUGCUUUACCGUCGAAUAUUCCAAAGGUCUUCGUUUUGACAUUCCACAACAUUUAGUUGAACAACAACCCGAAUUUAAUGUGUCUAAUACUAUCACUACACACCAAUCUCAUCAUAAUCAUCGUCAAAAUUAUUUGGGAUUUGGAAUAUAAUGUGAAUGUGAAAAAUUACAAUAAAUCUCUAUUCUCUGUAA